AUGGAGAAACGCCGGCCGGCCGGACUGCUGGCCUUGCGCCCCCCGCGGCUGCAAGUCCGGGCCCAGGAGCCCUGCAGGCUGGCGGCGCGCCUGGAAGCGCGGAGACGGCCGUGCCCACCCUUGCCGCCGGGGGGCGCCUGCGAGCGCGCCUUCCUCCUCCAGCGCAACGAGCGCGAGCGGCAGCGCGUGCGCGGCGUCAACGAGGGCUACGCGCGUCUCCGCGACCACCUGCCGCGCGAGCUGGCGGGCCGGCGGCUUAGCAAGGUGGAGACGCUGCGCGCGGCGGUCGGCUACAUCAAGCAGCUGCAGGAGCUGCUGGAGCGAGACCUGGAGGUGGAAGGCCUUGGCAAUCUGUAA